GGAGGCAUGGACUGUAACUGCGUCAGUGAUCUGCUGCUCCCCCCGGUGCCCGCACUCUGGACGCCAGGGUUCGCCUUCCCAGACUGGGCCUACAAGCCUGAGUCGAGCCCCGGGUCCAGACAGAUCCAGCUGUGGCACUUCAUCCUGGAGCUGUUGCAGAAGGAGGAGUAUCAGGGGGUGAUCGCCUGGCAGGGGGACUACGGAGAGUUUGUCAUCAAGGAUCCAGAUGAGGUGGCUCGGCUGUGGGGGAUAAGGAAAUGCAAGCCUCACAUGAACUAUGACAAGCUGAGCAGGGCACUGAGGUAUUACUACAACAAGCGCAUUUUGCACAAAACCAAAGGAAAGCGUUUCACCUACAAGUUUAACUUCAGUAAGGUGGUGUUGGUGAACUACCCCAUCCUGGACAUGGCCAACUCUCCCUUCUUUCUGGCCCAGAACCACUUCAACGGGGGCUCCACCACACCAGACUGCAGCCCAGAGGCCAUACAGUCCCUGUUUCCUCGUUUGCCAGACUCUGGCAGGGGAACGUCCCUGUUUGAUCGAGGGACCACGGCACCAGGGCCUGAAGGAGACAAGCUGAGACUGGACGCAUUCCCCUUCCUCAGUUCAGGUGCCCCGUGCUACUCCAAACCCCCAUCCCUGCUGGGCCCGUACCCGCGCAACCCACCCUUUGACUACCCCUGGGGCUUCAACCCCUACCUCCCAGGGGCCUUCUCUCUCAAUAACUGCCCCAAAGUGCCCCCUGGCUCCCUCUACCCCUCCCAGUUCUACCCCAACCCUUUGCAGAGCAGCCUUUCCCAGCUGCCUCACCCCUUUUCCUCCCUGCUGCCCCCAGGGGAGGCAGGCGGGGGUGAGAGGGGAGCAGCGGGGCAAACUGGAGGGACAAAUGGCACGGCGGGUGGCCAGCCAGUCAGACUCUUCCUGCCACCCUACCAGGGGAGCCUCUCAAUGGGUCGGACGGACAUUGGCAACGGGGUGUCAUUGGGGGAAAGGGAGAGGGUGGAGGCCAAUCCUCCUGGCACGGGGUUAAGUCUGGGACUGGGAGCGGUCGCCCUAGGAGCAGGGACUGGGACAGGCCAGCAGAGCCCCUCAGAGAGGAGAGGAGGGGUGAAGCAGGACCCUGAGUCAGACUCAGACCUGGAGAUCACAGAUUUGAGCGACUGCAGCUCGGAGAAUGAAAACGAGCAUGAAUUCAGCAUCGGGAAGGAAACAAGCCUGGCGAACCGAUCACAGAUAGUGUUGGAUGGAAAGAAAGGGAGCGGGCUGCCACCCAUCUCCUCUCUCCCCCCGCCAGUGUCCCCACAUCCUCUGAAGAGCCUGAUGCCCAUCAGUCCCCCACCUCCGUCCCUGCCUCCGUCGCUUUCCCCUUCCAUGGCUCUGCAUGAAAGACACAGGGAGACAGAGACUCUUAAAAUGAUACACAGCUAAUACAUUCUCUCCUGCGUCUAACAUCUUGCCACUCUGUGCUCUGAUAACUCUCUUUUUCUCUCCUUUCUUUUCUCAGAGACACUUUUCUGCUUUAAAUUGUCAACUCCCCAAUCAAUCUUCAUAGAUACUUUUUCCAGGAAAGACAGUUAUGUUCUUUACUUCUAAAAUUACUGUUUCCCUGUUUGCUGUGUAAGUUUUUAACUUCCCUACAGUCCAUUACACUACUGACUUGUCCGUCUUAGAAUAUAUGGGGCGUACAGUUUUUAUCGGCUGUCUGUAUCACCAUCUUGUCCUUUCUGUUCUGAUCUCUCACACCAAAUGAUCGCUCCGUGGUAUGUACACUUGUUUUAAGCGUUGCCAGCAGUACUCUACAAUUUGCUGUCUGCGGUCGAGCUAUGAUAGAAGGCAGUGAGGUGGUAAAUUACAACACAGGAAUGCCUGCCUUGACAAACAUUAACAAUCAACAUCCCUAUACUAACAGAACAGAACAACAAAUAAUGCUCCGAUUGAUCCAAUUUUACAGAUUUGUCCUGUAAUUCUUGAGCUUUGGACUAUAUAUAGUCACUAUGACUUUUGAGACCUAGUCAAAUACUACCACCUAGUGGUCCUUUAAGUCAAUGUGUCCUUCAAUGACAUCAUCUCUGUAAUCUUGUGAGUAAAAUUGUUGUUCCUAA